AUGGCAACGCGUUUGUGCACUGCCGCUAAGAAAGGAGCCACCGUCAGCACAAUCUCAAAGGCAUCCUUUUCGAAACUGCAAGGCUUCGAGGAACCUGGAUCAGAGCAACCGCUGGAACAACAGCCGCCGCAGCAGCCGCCACGAGAGCGUUCCUUAGUACCUAUCCCUAAGCGUUGGUGCCUAUGGGGUAAUAAGGUAUAUAAGCCCUGGUACUGCUGGACGAUCAACAGAGAUGCAUACCCUGAAAAGGAAGUGAUAAAGGAGAAGGCGAAGCGUGUGGAAGAACGUCUUGCGAAGGACCCUGGCUGGAAAGCCUGGAUAGAGAAAGCUAUUAAGGAGCACAACGAAAAGAAUGGAAUCACCACCAAAACGGCUAAUAUCACCCAAUUGUAUGGCUCCUUCUUCACCACGGAUUUUCCAAUGAAACAGGUGUAUCAAAGCGUGAAGGCUACAGGAGAUGCCGACGAUACGAUUCGACAGCGAUGGUUCCUCGAUACUGCAUCAUCAGUGCAUAUAUGCAACCAGAUAAACCUGUUCACCACGUUUACACCAAAGGAAUUAAGCCUAAAGACAGGUGAUUCGAUUACUGCAGUGAAGGCAUUGGAAGUGCGAUAA